UUAUGCCAAAUUAUUUAUUAAAAAAAUGUCAGAUAUUUUUGCUAUUUAUACACAUUCAUACUUGCAGGCUCGUAGUAGCUCUGUAAAUCCCCGUAUCAUAAACAGAUGUGUUAAUUUAGCAAGAACCGAGGCUACUGUUGCUGACAUCUCGUACUUCGAACCACCAUGGUUUCGCGUAACAUCAGAACAGCCGGAUAUACCCUCCGAAAAUGCGGACGUUACAAGACGACCACUGGCUUUUGGGUCAUGGGCUUUGCCCAAAUUGAGACGGGAAUUACACGAUUCAGAUGACUUCGUCGUAAUACAAGCACUCUUGAGCUUGUGCGAUUUAAUACACGACCCUGAACGGGCAUACGAAGCUCUUCAGCUAAAAAUACCAGACAGGUUGGCAGAUAAACUUCUUGAUCCGUUACCUCCAGUUCGUGAGUCGUCUGUUCUUCUAUUGAGUCUUUUCGCACGCUUAGCGGACGGAAAGGAAGCAAUCGUGAAAAAUAAAGAAAUUUUGGAAAACCUAUAUUUAACCUUAGGCGAUGAGCAAAUAUCAAUCCGACUGAAAAGUGCAGCAUGCAUUGAACUAGUAUCAAGAAGCUGGAUGGCCGCUGAUGUUCUGGUAGAAACAGGGUUAAUAGAAACACUUCUUGAACUUAUUGAGAAAGAUGAGCCAUCAGACAUUCUGGAAUAUCACUUAAAAUCGCUAAAAUGCCUUAUGUAUGAAUGUGGAAAGUGCAUAGCCUUAAAACACGACGGUUUCAAAAUUUUUAUGAAAUUGCUGAACCACGAAAAAUCGUCAAUUGUUUGUAAAGCGUUGGAUUGUUUGGCGAUACUUACGUCUACUAAGAAAGGCAAAAAGCUCGCAAUUGAGAAGAAUUUAUUGAAAACGUUAACCAAAUUAAUACAUUAUGGAGAUACUGAUAUGUGUAAAAGCGCCGCGUCUGUUAUCAUGUUUUGUACUGUGAAAACUAGAGCUAAAAUUUUGGCAGCGGAAAUAAAAAGUCUCGCCAAACGUUUAAUCAGGCUGUCGACGAAUCCUUUAAAUGUGGCUCUACAGAUGUUUAGCAUAAAGGCUUUAACAAAUAUUUGUGAGCAUCCUUUGGUCCGGAAGGAAGUAUAUGAUCGUUAUUUGAACGAACUGACACAAAUGCAAGUGGAUCCUACUAACGCAGAGUACAAAAAGACACUCUUACAAAUAGUUAGUUGGGUUCCAUAUAAAUCUGAAUAAAUUAUUGUUCUCU